CUCUCCGGAUCCGAGGGGAUGGCGGGGCCAGGCCACCCCGGCCACAAGUGGAGCCGGCCGGCCAAGGAGGAAGAGGAGGAGGAGGAAGAGGACCCCGUGGACGCAAUGGUGGCCCGGACGGGCUGCGCGGCGCAGCAUUACGCGGUGCAGGAGUGCAUGGCCGCGCAGCAGGAUUGGCGCCGGUGCCAGGGCAGCAGCCCGCCCGGGAGACCGAAGCUGCCAGAGAUGCUCCGCUCACCCCGCCGUGGUUCCUCUGCACUCGAUGGGCAUCCUAGAGAUCACGGAGCUUUGCAAUAA